UGAAGCCGAAAGGAUGAGGUGAAGUUGCCCGUCCAAAGGGCACCCAGAAAAUGUUCUUCUCGUUCAGGCGGCCGCGAGGAGGUGGGAGAGUCGCGAGGCCAGGGCUACCUGCAUAGGCUCCUCCUCCGCCCAUCUGAACCUUUGUAUGCACGCACGCAGGCAGUUGCCUGAGCGAGGAUCACGUGUUUGAAGUUGGUGCCUGUUUUUUUUUUUUUUUUAAAAGAGACCAAACCAAGGCGGCCGACUGCUUGCUUAGCAGUGCCGCUUUGCUAAGGCGGCUGCGUCCCACCGUUCCAGAAGCACCGGGCUGAAGAGCAGCCUCCUUGCCCAUCUAUUGUCUUCGCCUCCCGCCUGUUCCUUAGAGAUUCCUCGCCAAGAUGGCAGAUCUGAACCGUCAACUGCAAGAAUAUUUAGCUCAGUCCAAGGGCGGCGGCGGCGGCGGCUCGACGGUUUUGUCGGUUCCUCAGGCCCCUCCUCAGGAUGAGGCAGAAGAAACCGGCUCGGGCUUGGGCGUCUGGCUGCGGCGCAUGAACCCUUUCCCCGCGACAGGAACGUGGUCGGGGGCGGCCGAGGCGGAGCCGGAGCCGUGGCUACCGACAGGGGUGUCCCGUUGGCAGAGACUGGUGGGGAGCGCCCUGUGUCUGCUGCUGGCUGCUCUCUGUUUCGGCCUCGCCGCGCUUUAUGGCUCGCUCCUGCUGCUUCGGAAGUUCGCGCUGCUCUGGUCCUUGGGCUCGGCCUUUGCGUUGGGAGCCGCUGGUUUCUUGCGGGGCCCGAGUCGCAUCCUGGGCGAGCCUGACCGGCGCGGCCUGGCCAUCCUGUAUUUGGGCUCCGUGGGCGGAACUCUGUACGCUGCUCUCGGGCUCCGAAGUACGCUGCUCACGGUGCUGGGUGCUGUGGUCCAGCUGGGAGCCGGAGGCGCCUACUUGUUUUCCUCGUUGCCUGGCGGUGCUGCUGGUUUGCGCUAUGCCAGCAGCUUCCUGGGGAGCUUCGUGCGACGAAGUGUUUCUAAAGCUCUUCCAGUGUGAGUUACUCUGUCGUCGGAAGUCCAACUCCCGGGUUUGGGACGACUGCUCCGUGAGGAGGCACCCCGGGCCGCUUUUCAAAGCAAAGCGCAGAGCAGGAUAUGCAGCUUGAAUUCCAGGAAUCCUUGAAUAGAAAGUUUCUUCUGCGACUAUUGUGAAUUCCGGGAGAUAAUUCAUUUGCCUCAUUGUGGUUGUUUGACUGCUGAGAAUAUUAAAGUAUUAAAACAAAAGAUGUGACUUGAAACUGAACUACCUAACUGGCAGGUAGAAAGAGCCAAAGGUUUUGUAGUCUGUGUGUUCUUCUGACCAUUGCACAAACUACCCCAUUUAACCAUUUUUAAAAUUUACAGCCUUGUGAUUUCUCUCACUCUUGGGCUAAAAAGGAGGCAGCUUAACAUAUCCUUUACCUAUUCCAGUUAUUGAAGUGUUUUCCCUCUUCUGACACAAUUUUGGGGUGGGUGUGAUUAGGAUGCUUUGUCAACAGUUUAAUUGAUGGUGUUAUUGGACUGGGAUUUGUCCAGCUGCUAUUAGCCUUUCAACUGCUGUGACUACAACUUCUCCAUUCCAGUCAGUGGUACUGCCCUAUUGGCCACUUUGUCCUGGACUGCAGAGUAGACCUGGGUUAUAUGAGGUUAGGUAUAUUGUUUGUUAGAGAUGUGUUCCUUUAGAAUAUUAUCUGAAUGGUGAAAUUAGCAUGUAAAGCCAUACACAUGAACAUAUAUUCUGUACAUGUUCUGGAAUUCCAUUUCUCAAAAGAGUUGAUCAUUCCCACCUCCUUUACUCUGUGCUCCUCUUCUGCAUUCCAACAAUGCUUUUGCAUCUAUAAUAUAUUUCUGAAUAGCGUGAAGAAGAAGAAACCCACUAGUGUCAACUGUCUAACCCUCUUGCUCCCUCUCAUUUUACCUUGCUGUGUUUCUUUUUUCUCUCACAUAGUUCUCCUUCCCUCUUCACAUCUUUCAAGAGUGCUAGACUGAUGGUCAGAGGUGAGCUGAUGGACUAGUCAGAAAUACAAAGCAUCUUGGUCCCUGUGACCUAUCCCUUGGGGAAUUUGAAAGAUACACCAAACCUUUGCUCCAGGCACCCGUUUUGUCUGCAUGGUGGGAAAGAGUUGCCCAUUUAAAACAGGAGAGCUUUCCCACUGAGCAGCUAUUGCCAGCGCAACAUCAGCAGGAGAGGGUUGCCCUGUACAAAACUCCCUUCUAUUGCUUUCCUAUCAGUCCCCUCCUACAUUUUAACUGGGUCUGGAUCUGGCUAUCAGAAAUAUUUGCCCCAAAUACAAAUUAGGGCAAGUGAUUGUUUUUUCCUGAGGGAAGUGAAUAAUCAGUAGGAGAAAUGGACUGAGAGGAAUCUACAAAUUAUUUUGCUUUAAUCAUGUAUUAAAAGUGUAAGAACAACCCAGUUUGCCUUGUUAUUACAUCUACAAACUACAUAAAUUCAGGGCUGGUGUCACAAUUUUGCAGUGCAAAUGUACAUUUUAUUUCUCUUAAAAUUGUAGCCUGCAAAGCAUACCUCUUACAUAUUGUAUUCUCUGAAGUCAAAAGUGUUAAAUCUAGGGAAAUAUGUUUAAAAUUUAAACUUAAAUGCUUAAUAAACUAGCACAUUCUAGGAAAUAAUUUCUAACAGGUUAAAUACAGGUAGUCCUCAACUUACAACAGUUCAUUUAGUGAUCAUUCAAAGUUAUAAUGGCACUGAAAAAUGUAAUGUAUGACUAUUUUUCACAGUUACAACCUUUGCAGCAUCCCCAUGAUCAUCUUAUCAAAAUUCAGAUGCUUGGCCGCUGGUUCAUAUUUAUGACCGUUGCUAUUCCCUAAGAUCAUGUUUUCACCUUUUAUGACCUGGUAAGCAAAGUCAAUGGGAAAGCCAAAUUCACUUAACAACCGGGUUACUAACUUAUUAACUGCAGUGAUUCACUUAACAACUGUGGCAAGAAAGGUCGUAAAAUGGGACAAAACUCACUUAACAAAUUUUUCACUUUGGGCUCAAUUGUGGUCGUAAAUCGAGGACUACCUGUACAUGCAAUAACUAUGUCUAAAUGUAUAUUAUUUAAUAAGAAAGGUCUUAUGUCAUAGGUGUUUUAUUAAUGAAAGGAAUAACUUAUAAGCAAAUGCUUAUAUUUAAGUGCAGAAAAUCUACAGAGCUCUACUCUAGACAAUUUAUUCAAAAUCAAGUCUUGCUGAAUCUAGUGGCACUUCCACACUUGUGCAUUAAGAAGGGAUCAAGUAGUGAGUUAUAAAUUAAUAAAAUGGUAAUUUUUAAUUUAAAUUGGCAUUUCUGAGUGAUUUCUGUGCAUAUGUCAUGUAAUGUAAUCAAAAAUAGCUGUGAAUCAAAAAGUUGCUAAAUAUUUAACUCGAACAAAUUUUCAUGAAAUCAUUUAAAAGAUUAUUUGAAGACGUUUCAAUUGGGUUAGUACAAUAAAAUAAACUUUACAAUCCUUUCUAUUUACAACUUAAGUGAUGCUUAAACCCAAGAAAAUAGCUAUAGGAUUGCAACCCAAGUGUAUUUUUACUAUAUAAUUUAGUCUACAGACUUUGAGUAUGUUAUUCUAUUUCAGCUUUUCUCAAUUUUUUUUAUUCUAGAAGAAUGCUUGAAAUGGUCUCAAGGAACCCCUGCAUAAAAGUGAUAAAAAUGCAAACCCGUCAUAAUACAAUUCACUUCUAAUCUGUACAAUCCAAUUUUAUAAACCUUUACAAGAGCAAACUGGCAGAGCAGCAGCUGAGUUAACACAUAUAAAAUUUCCCAUUAUUGAAAAUGCUAGCAUUGUGUGAUAUACGAAGUUUUUUUUUUUCAGUCAUAGUCUCACAGAACUGCUACAACUUCAAAUGGAACCUUACAGUUCUGCGGAAUUCUAGUUCAGAAAGGCUGUUCUAUUCCCUGGUAUAAUGUGACAUAUGGGGAAAAAUGUUAUUUUAAAAACUUAACAGAAUGUCUAUAAUGUGAUGUGUUUUUACAUUUUAUGUAGUAAUCAAAAGACAUGGAAGUAUGUUGUGCCAAAUGUACCAAUUUACUAACUAUAUUUUUUUCAUUCACUAUUUAAAUUCUUGUGCAUAUGAGGAUAACUACUUUUCUGUGAUGUUCAACCCUUGGGAUUUAUCAAUAAUUUGUUUAAAAUGUUAUACUUUUACUAUUUUCUAUAUUUUCUUAUUAAAUUUGAUCUUACUUUUUAAUUAGAA